UUCUUUAUUAUCCUAUCAUGAUUGACCGACUGUUCCGACUUCCGACGCAAGGCUUGGGUGCGUCAAUGCAGAAUUUAGUAAUAUAUGUAUGCGUGUGCAUGCACCACCAGAGGCGACCCUUUUAAUAGAAAGCGAGUUACAAACUCUGAAGUCCGAACAGAGAAGGGCCGCUGCUUAUAAUCCAUACACAGAGAGCGAGUUGUCGCAAUGGCAAGCCCCGUAGUUUCAGAGGGAGGCAGUAAGGUUGAAGAGCACCAUCAAGGUGCAGGCCAAGAGUUGCGGGCUCCACCUGGAUGGAAGAAGAAGAUCCUUGCAAAGAAUCCGGGGAUGCCAAGUCCAAUGGAGGUGGUUUUCAUCUCUCCUUCCGGUUCUGAGAUAAAAAAUAAGCGUCAGUUGUUUGCCUACCUGAAAUCUAAUCCUGGUGGUGCUGCCGCAGCUGACUUUGAUUGGAGCACAGGUGGUACUCGGAGGAGGUCAGCCCGGUUGAGUGAGAAGCUCGUGCUAGAGACUCCUGAAAGUGAAUCCAAGAAUACGGCGAAGCGAGCAAGGAAAUCACAUGGUUCUUCUGCCAAGAGCAAGGAGAAUGAUGAUAAGUCUUCCCAAGGGUCUGCUGAGAAGGAAUUUCAAGAGGGAUCUCUAGUACACAGCGGAGGUGAAGGGGAACAUCCUGAACUAGAUAUCCCCUCACCAGCCAAGCCGGAAACAACCAAAAUGCGAAAAGAUAAUGAUGGGGUGGAACAGAAGAAAGAGGGAGAGAAGGAGAAGCAAGAGGUCGACCUCAACCAAGGUAUGGAGCUUGAAGAGGACACUGAAAGUGUUACUUCUGCACAAGUUGAUAAGAAACCUCUGGAAGAGGCUGCAACUGCAGAUAUAAAGGAGACACCGGAAGACGAUAAGGUUGAGAGGAAAUUUUUAGAGAUCUGUGAGAAAGAAAAGGAGUGCAAAGGAGAGGAACCAAAGGCACAAGAAAAGACCUCUUUGUACCAGAACAGUGAGGCCCCAAAGCCUCCUGAGCUACUUGGUGUGAGCAGCUGAAGGGUGCUGCUCCCUUGGGAUUGUAAGUAGGUGAUAACCUUCUCUUGUAGAGAGAGAGAGAGUUGGUCUGUGAGUAGCAUGACACCGUGGUCCCUUUACAUUGCGUGGCACAGGGAAUAGGCUCAAAUAGAUAUGAUGGUAGCAGUACAUUUCUAUGUGUUAGCACUUGUGGUAUUGGUACUAGGAGGGAAUACAUGACAAAUGCGGGACUUUCUUUUCUUUUUGCUUUAUAUGGCCGAAUAAUUUUGGAUGGAUCUAUUGGGAAAGUAAAAUGUUCUUGGUUCAUGGA